AUGCUGGCAGGUGCUAAAAGAGCGGAAAACCGAGAGAUCGUGGAACAAGACUCGACCGUCAAUGGCAGUGAAUCUUCGGGGUUGGGCAAAGCGAAGUUGACGGGCCCGUUCUUGCGCGAGUUUUUCCGGCGCCGUUCGGAGGGCGCUUAUGUCAUCCGUUUACAACGCCCCCCGCAGCGCAAGAAUGAGAUUCUUGCCAAACGGGCAAAGCUCGCCGAGCUAAAGAAACAGCGCGAGAUCCGUGAAAAAGAGUUCACAAACACCCGAAACAGUGUCGGUGAUGCUUCAGAGAUCGCCUCGCCGGUACCAAGUCGCUCGGAUCACGGCAGAGCAGAGCUUGAUGAUUUGAUCUCUCGUUUGGUGGACCGCCCAGGAUCGGCCAGCAUUAGCCACGGCAUUGAAGGCGCGGGGCGAGGAAGUCGACCCAAUUCAGUUCUGAGCGCCAGUCAACUCAGCGGAGAAAAUGCCGAGCCGUACACCCCUUCAACACGGCCACAAUCGCAAUCCAUUGCUGUACAGACCGUUGGCGAGGAAGCUUUCGUUUCCAAAGCCGUGCAAACAGAUCUCUCAGAUGAGCAGACGCCUUCCGCGGAUGGAUCUGUUGCGUCGGACGAAGAGGACGCUGUGGGUAGCAAGCGACUGAGUCGACGCAACCGGGAACGCGACGAGGAGAUAAGAGAGAAGAUCCGCAAGGAAAUCGAAGAAGAGCUACGGUACCCGCUACGUAUGCUUGAUGAUGACGAGCUCAAAGCAGUGACUUCGUCUGGUGAGUUCUUAGACUUCGUCGAACGCUCAGCCAAGGUGAUCGAGCGCGCGUUAGAUGAAGACUAUGAUGUACUUGCAGACUAUGAACUUGGUGGUCUUGAUGGGGACCUUGAAGAAGACCCAGAUAGCGGCAAGAAACGGAGAGGCAUUAAAGAAAUCUGCCAAUUUUACGAUGAACGAUGGAGUAAGAAGCGCAUGGUUAGCGACUUGAACUUCUCUCCCAAGUUCCCAGAACUAGUGGUGGCUUCGUACACAAAGAACCCGUCCGCGCCUCAUGAACCCGAUGGUCUCGUUCAAGUCUGGAACCAGCAUCUCACAUCCCGACCCGAAUAUGUGUUUCACUCUACUUCCGAUAUCCUCACUGCUAAAUUUUCUCCUUUCCACCCUAACAUCAUUGUGGGUGGCUCAUAUUCGGGCCAGGUCCUUUUGUGGGAUACUCGCAGUUCUCGAGAGGGUGGUGGAGCUCCAGUGCAAAAGACUCCUUUAACUGGCUCGGGCCACACUCAUCCGGUCUACAGUAUCUCCAUUGUUGGAACCCAGAAUGCGCACAACAUCAUGACCGCUUCCACCGAUGGAGUCGUCUGCGGUUGGACCAUGGAAAUGCUUUCUCAGCCUCAAGAAUAUCUUGAAUUGACAACACCUCCACCAUCAAAAACGGAAGACCUAGCUCCGACUACUAUGUCUUUUCCUCAAUCUGAUCCGACAUUUUUCAUCGUUGGAACCGAGGAAGGAGGUAUCUACCCCUGCCAUCGGUACGAUCGAGCUGGAGCCAAGGCUGGUACCGAUCAUCGUCUCGCAUAUCGUGGCCAUGCAGCGCCAAUCAUGUCUACUGCAUUCCACCCCGCGCGCGGUCCGGUUGAUCUGGGUGAUCUCAUGCUGAGCACGAGUGUCGACUGGAGCGUGAAGCUCUGGCGUAUAUCAACCGCGAGGACCUGGUCUACGAUGCGCGCUGGUCCCCUCACCGACCCGGUGUUCUCCCUGGUCGAUGGAGGCGGUCAUCUGGAAGUGUGGGAUCUGUACACCGACACGGAAAUACCCGUCGUCCGAACCACCCCCAGCAACCGUCUUGGCGGUCUGUCUCGUAGUCUUAACAAGGUGGCUUGGGAGGAGCGCGAAGGCCGACAUUUGGCCACCGGUGGUCUCAAUGGAGCCGUUACCAUUUUCGAGGUCGGAAAGGGCCUUGGCGGUUUGCCAGAAGAGGUUCCUGCCGAGGAGUGGAUGGGCAUGAAGCGGUUAAUAAGCAGACUCGAAUCCACGGAUCGAGUGGUUUGA